AUGGGUGCCGGAGGGCGAAUGUCGAAAGUGUCAAAUGACAAAAAUACCCCCGAACGGGUCCCGUACCAAAAACCACCAUUCACAGUCGGCGAACUCAAGAAAGCAAUCCCGCCCCAUUGUUUCAACCGAUCCGUUAUCCGUUCGUUCUCAUACGUUGUCUACGACCUCACAAUCGCGUCCAUAUUCUACUACCUCGCGUCAAAUUACAUCCCUACCCUUCCCCACCCUCUAUCCUACGUGGCAUGGCCCGUGUACUGGGCCCUACAAGGGUGUGUCCUAACCGGUGUCUGGGUCAUCGCCCACGAAUGCGGUCACCACGCGUUCAGUGACCACCAAUGGCUCGACGACACUGUUGGGCUCAUCCUCCACUCCGCCCUCCUUGUCCCGUACUUCUCAUGGAAAUACAGUCACCGCCGCCACCACUCCAACACCGGGUCAAUCGAGCACGACGAAGUCUUCGUCCCGAAGCUAAAGUCAAACGUCCGGUCAACCGCGAAAUACCUAAACAACCCUCUGGGCCGAAUCCUAACCCUUUUGGUAACCCUAACCCUAGGUUGGCCCUUAUACCUAAUGUUCAACGUAUCCGGUCGAUACUACGACCGCUUCGCGUGCCAUUUUGACCCGAACAGUCCGAUUUACUCGAACCGCGAACGCGCGCAAAUCUUCAUAUCUGACGCGGGAAUUUUCGCGGUUCUUUAUGGGCUUUUUCGUCUUUCGACAAUGAAAGGGCUCGCGUGGGUCCUAGCCAUGUACGGGGGUCCGUUGGUUGUGGUGAAUGGGUUCCUUGUUUUGAUCACGUUUUUGCAACACACGCACGCGUCGUUGCCCCACUAUGACUCGACUGAAUGGGAUUGGUUGCGUGGGGCCCUUGCGACGGUUGAUAGGGAUUACGGGGUUUUGAACAAGGUGUUUCAUAAUAUUACGGAUACUCAUGUGGCUCAUCAUUUGUUUUCUACUAUGCCUCAUUAUCAUGCGAUGGAAGCGACUGAAGCGAUUAAGCCGAUUUUGGGGGAUUAUUAUCAGUUUGAUGGGACUUCGGUUUUUAAGGCCAUGUAUAGGGAGACCAAGGAGUGUAUUUAUGUUGAUAAAGAUGAGGAGGUGAAGGAUGGGGUUUAUUGGUAUGGGAAUAAGAUCGAAUGA